AUGUCGAAGUUUGUCGUUACCUGUAUAGCCCAUGGUGAAAAGCUCCCACAAGAAGCCAUUGAUCAGAUCGCCAAAGAGAUUGUCAAGAGCUCGCCACAGGAAAUAACAAUCAACAGCACCAAAAAACUAUCGACAAGAGCCACCGAUUUGUUUGUCGAGAUUACAGGGUCCAUUGUACAAAAAGAUUUCAAGAAUAAAUUGGCCAGCGUAAUUGAAGGUCAUGACGAUGUUGAUGUGAUUGUUUCUGCUGACAAUGAAUAUCGUCAAGCCAAAGAGCUAUUUGUGUUCGACAUGGACUCAACACUAAUCUACCAAGAGGUCAUUGAAUUAAUUGCUGCGUAUGCCGGUGUUGAAGAGCAAGUGCACGAAAUCACAGAAAGAGCCAUGAACAAUGAACUAGAUUUCAAAGAGUCCUUGAGAGAGAGGGUUAAAUUAUUGAAGGGUCUUCAAAUUGACACAUUAUAUGACGAAAUUAAACAGAAACUGGAAAUCACCAAGGGUGUACCCGAACUUUGUAAAUUCUUACACGACAAAGGCUGUAAACUUGCUGUUUUGAGCGGUGGGUUUAUACAAUUCGCUAGUUUUAUCAAAGAUCAACUUAAUUUGGAUUUUUGCAAGGCAAACUUAUUGGAAGUAGAUACUGAAGGCAAGCUAACUGGUAAGACACUGGGUGCUACUGUAGAUGGGCAAUGCAAGAGCGAAACACUUUUACAACUGUGUGCCGAGUUCAAAGUCCCGGUCGAGUCAAGUUGCAUGGUGGGUGAUGGUGGUAAUGACCUACCAGCCAUGGGUACCGCUGGGUUCGGGAUUGCAUGGAACGCAAAACCAAAAGUACAAAAAGCUGCACCUUGUAAGUUGAACACCAAGUCCAUGACCGACAUCCUAUAUAUUCUUGGUUACACGGAUGACGAAAUACAUGGCAGACAAUAG